GUGCCCUUGCAAUUAUUUCUCUGCCUUAUUUCGGAAACUGUGUUAGUUUAAUAACUGCACAUUGACUGUACAGUUUAGUGAACAGCGGGCAAACCGGGGAGGUUUGUCUGGGACUGUAUGCCGCUUGCAGCAUCGUUAUUAAUGUGAAAUCCAAAUAGGUUUGAGGGAUCAUAAAACCCAUUAAAGAAAGCAGACCAGAGUCCAAACCUGUGAAAAAAUACACCGCGAAGGGAAACACUCAGCUGCAUCUCGUCAUUUGCGUAUUUAUUUUAUAUAUUUAUAUUUAUACUUAAAAAGGAUAUUCAGGUUUUGGAAUUGCAGAACUGGAUAUGCCUACAGCAACUGCUUCUGUGUUUAAUAUUUCAAGGACAAUGUUGGCACCCGAAGAUGGCAAUCGUGCCCACAUUCACACAGGACAGUGCAGUCCAGUGACUUCCCCUUCGCUGGGCAGCCUGCAGAUAACAGAGGGCAACGGCACCAGCAUUGGCACAGUCAUCUCCUUCCAGUGUUCCUCCAGGCACAGGCUGCUGGGAGACGGGUUUAUUUCUUGUGUCUGGAAAAGCAACAGCACGCAGUGGACAGGGAGCACGCCAACCUGCAAACCUAUUUUGAUAUUUGAGGAUUUUGGAUUCAAAGUGGCGGUGAUUGCUUCCAUUGUCAGCUGUGCUAUAAUUCUGCUGAUGUCUUUGGCAUUUCUAACCUGCUGUUUCAUCAAAUGCAUUAAGAAGGGGGAGAGAAAGAGGACUGAAAGGGAGGUGCAGCCGUGGUAUCAGACAGACUGUGACGAGCUGCAGGAUAUGAGGGCCACUUACUAUGGGCAUAAAGGACGAAACAACAACAACAACAACAACAGCAAUAGGACAGGAGACCAGAGGAACACAGGGUUCGACAACCAGGGCUACUGCAGGUGCCACGAGCACUCCAAGAACAUCUCCAUCCCAGCAUGCUGCAGUGACGGCCUGUCCGUCAUUUUUAAGCCGCAGAAGAAAAAAAUCCCGAGCAAGUACAGGUUAUCGGAAUGCAGUGUUUCUGCUGUCAGUGGGCCUCACAUGGCCGAAGUCUAUGAGCACAGCAGAGAGCCACAGGGAGGGCUGCACGAGCACCUCUUCCAUGGCCUUUCUAUAUAAGACGGGACACAAAUCGGACCUCCAUGUGCCUUAAUGACAAUUGCGUUUGUUUUUGUUUUUUGUUUUUGUUUUUUUUGCUGGAUUUUGCCUAAAUGAAUCCUAGAUUUACUAAGAAGAGAUGUUUGCACUUCUACUCUGCAGAGACUGCCGUUAGCCAACAGGAUAGACUAUUUUUUAAACAUUUGAAAGUUUCUUAUGGGAACACAAUCGAUCAGUGCACAGCCAAUAACUUUUUUUCAAGAGAUUGUGAACCAGAUUGUCAAAUGAUGGAAACGACUGCUUCUCGGUUAUAGGUGGAGCAUAAAUAUCUUCGUGUACUGUUGUUGGAAUGAAGUUGAAAAAAAAUACGUCUUUAAAAAGCAGCCAUAUUGAGGCACUGAAUUAAAACUGGUUGUUUUUCUUAACACUUGCUCAAACCUAUUCCCUUGAAAACUGCUACUAAAAGACCACUAAAAGAGCUAUGAGUGGAGCUGACUUGUAAAGUAAUUAGUAUGGGCUUCUACCUGUUUUUACAAAACUGCAGUCAAGAUAAAAAGUAUCCAACAAAGCCUUUCUGGGCUCUUUGGACUGGUUUACACUGGGAAAGUGGAAAUGUUUUCAGCUGUUGAUUGUUUGUAAUAUUUACAUCAAUAAAUUUGCGAUGCUCGUCCACAUGUUUUGUCUAUGGCAAACGCCCACGCUACAUGGCUUAAACAGGGUCUGUCUAUGGAAAAAGCAGUAGAUAGUCCAAAUGACAUUUUGUCAAGUAGUACAAUUUAAAUGAAAGCACUUGGUGAUUCAUUGAUGAUAAUUUUAAUACCGCUUACUCAGGAAGCUUAAUUUUGUGGACAUACAUCUCUUAUGUAUAAGUGCCCCUUAUUUGCACUCCUUGUGUUACAGAACAAUGGAGACGGAGUGAGUCAAUAUGUGUGGUUCACAAUGUAAGAGUUGUAUUCAGGGCUCUGUAUUAAAACCAGAUAUCAAGAUACACACCAACUCCAUCUGUGCUGAGCAGUGCCAUUUUAAGUUUAAAAUUGAUCCUGGCAACUAAAAACUCAGGAUAGGCUGAUUACUCUAUAAAUGAAA